AUGAUAGAGAUGCAGCAGGUGUUCGACCCCGACUCCACAUCCGACUCCUCCUCCAGAUCCUCCUCUCCAACUUUCCCCACAAAACAAGCAAUCACGGCCAUGCUGAGGACAGCUGCAGGACAACUUAACAUCACACUGAACGAGACAUCCAUCACAUUCACAAGAGAUCAGCAAACUGCAGCAGCAACAACAACAACAACAACAACAACAACAACAACAACAACAACAACAACAACAUCACCUCCAGGAGAUCAGCAAACUGCAGCAACAACAACAACUACAACAACAACAACAACAACAACAACAUCACCUCCAGGAGAUCAGCAAACUGCAGCAACAACAACAACUACAACAACAACAACAACAACAACAACAUCACCUCCAGGAGAUCAGCAAACUGCCGCAGCAAUAACAACAACAACAUCACCUCCAGGAAGAUUCUGUCGGCCUCAAGAUGUUGACAAGAUUGCUUUUCCUGUAGUAUCUGUAAGAGCUUCAAUCCCGUGUACCAAUAAUCUUCAAACUGAUCUUGAGCAAGCGGCCUGUAAUCUGUACAGAGACCCAACAUUUGAUCGAAUAAAACCAAAUCCAACAUGUCAAAACAACUUGCUGGAAGUGUUAAACCGGUUUAAACUACUCAAUUGCUCAAUCUGUUUCCCAGACAACAGAGAUGUCACGAUGGCCAUCACAGGAGAUGGCAGGAACUUUAGGGCCAUCCAUAACAUAGAGAAAACAAUCAAUUGUGAAGUGGAGUUCCAGACAGACUUGCAAUUUCAGGACUGUGAAACUAGAAGAGGAGAAAUUAUCAGAGUGAUAAAUGAUAUCUCCAAAGAACAAUAUGGGCCGUUAAUCUACAGAAGAACUGUUAUCUUAUGCAGAAGAGUAGUGAGAGGGAGGACUAAAAGAGAGGUCACGGCGGGGUCAAUGAUAGAGAUGCAGCAGGCGUUCGACCCCGACUCCACAUCCAACUCCUCCUCCAGAUCCUCCUCUCCAACUUUCCCCACAAAACAAGCAAUCACGGCCAUGCUGAGAACGGCUGCAGGACAACUUAACAUCACACUGAACGAGACAUCCAUCACAUUCACAAGUGGGUCUCCAGGUCUCCAGAGUGUGUUCAGUUGCCUAGCGAUGCUGCUGGUCUCCCUGCAGCUAAUGACACAGUGGUUGGCUCUGUGACCUGCCAAUCAACUCUGCGACCAAUGAGGAAUCACACAGCAAAACAUUCUUGCCCAACACUGCUGCUAUUCCUGAAGAUUAUUGCCAUGAUUGGACACAAAUCCCUUGUGUGUGGCAUAUCCCUGCUGCUGCCUCUGCUCCGGCUGUGAUUGGAUCCUUGACCUGUCAAUCAACUGAGUGACCUGUGCGAUAAGCAGUGUUGUGCCUGAAUGAAAGUUCAGGAACUCGUUCAUAAUGUUGGUGGACUUGAACUGAACACACACCCUUAAUAGCACUCAAGUGUUGCCCAACCGUUGCGUGUGCUUCUUCUGCGUCUAUGCCAGAUUCAUGCCCGUCUGAAUUAAUAUUUCCGUAGAUAUCUACUAGCGGAACUUUUCCUGCUGCCGACCUAUGUUUUCCGUAAUGUUGCCACAGCUGCAAUUGCGGGAAAAAAUCACACUUGAGGAUCAAGGGAAGUAUUACGUGUAGCCUUUUUUUUUUUAAGUAUAUUUUUUGGGGCUUUUUUUGCCUUUAUUUGUAUAGGACAGUGAAGGGUGAGACAGGAAGUAAGUGGGAAAGAGAGAUGGGGUGGGACUGGGAAAUGACCGCAGGUCGGAUUCGAACCUGGGUCCCCGUGGGCACUCGGACCCGAAUGUGGUAUGAGCGCUGUAGCCUGCUGCGCCACAGCGCUCCCCACGUGUAGCCUUUUAAAGCGCCCUAUGUCACUGAACAGUUCCAUCUCUCAUGCUGCAGGUAGCUAAUGCAGCAAGGGAGACUCCUCUCCCGGUGUAAAAACUACACUCUUCUGACAGCGCGGCCGCAUUUCUGCCCAGCCAAUCAAAUGCCCAAUUGAUGGAAAUUCUAUGUUAGAUGUGAACAACAGGAGGCUGUAUACAUUUUGUAUGCUUCAUGUCUGAAUGUCCGCUACCUUCAGAAAUGCGGCAAGCAAUUACAGCAGAAUGUGCGUAAAACCUGUCUGAAAAUGGCUAUAAUGAAAUAAUUGCUGGCUGUAGCAACAAUUUUAAAAGAGUAUAGUUCGCCACAUAUUGAAAAAAUGAACUGAACUAGUUAAUUUUUGAAGCUGUGAACUUCGUUCAUAAUUUGGAAUUGUGAACUAUGAACUGAACUAGUUCAUUUUAAAAUUUGUGAACUAGGAACUGAACUAUGUAGAAAGUGUAGAAAGUGAACUUGUCAUGUAGAAAGUGAACUUUCCCAACACUGUUGAUAAUCAGGGACAAGAUCAAAAUCAAAUUAAAUUGUUUUGCAUCGGGUUUCCUUACAUAUUAGGUCGCAGUCAGUGUGCAAUGUUAGAAAACAGGCUUUUGGGGUCAUUUUCUGAAGUUGUUUUUCUCUUGUUUGGUCAGUGUUUCUGAGGCUUUUUUCUAUCAACAUUGACAUGUACUGUAUACAAAACCUGUUGAAUCAGACAGCAUGAUUUACUUAAUACAGAUAAAAGCUAAGUGUGUCUGGAGGGGUGUUUUCUAGAGGGCUCUAACUCUUUUCUUAAGUAGAAUGAUUUACCAUUUACAGAUGGACAAAUAAGAACGACAAAUUGGAACACCUUUCUCUACUUUUCUUUAACAUAUUUGAGUAUGUAGUUGUUUGAUACAACUCUGAUAUCAACAUUGUUUGACUGUUCCAAAGAUACUGUACAUUUGAGAGAAACAGUCUCAUUGCUCACCUCCUCUAUAUCAUGUGUUCUGUGUGACAGCAAGGAGAAGUAAUAUAUAGAAGUAAGAUGUUGUUAACAAAACUGUGUGCUUAAUUUUCUACAUGGAAAAUAUCUCAAAAAGUGGCGUACUGUAUGCGUGGUUACUAUGGAGAGCCAGACACGGUGUAAUGUUAGAUAUCUGUGGUAGUUCUACAGACACCGUGUAAUGUUAGUUAUACAACAGUUAGGUCCCGUCGAUCAAUUUAGCAAUAUCUGGCCCCGUACACACGUAGCCGGGUAUCUGCUUAACCGAAGGUAUUUGUCUACGUUUGGACCUGUCAUCCACAUGACAACGCAUAUAACCAAAUGUUUGAAAAAACUCCGGGCAAAGUGGAGAUCUGCGAAUUCUCCGUUUAUAAAUUGACGUGUAGCCAAAGAUAACCGGAGAUCUGCGGUUUUGAACGUCAAAAUAUGCGCCAAAACCACAACAAAUCUGCUCUGACGUCAAACGUGCGACCUCUGUUCACUGCAGAAGCAUGGAUCUGAGUGCCUUGAAACCACAGAUGUUCGGUUAUGUGUGGAAGGUUUUUCUUCCCCAAAACGAGGUAAUGUGGAUACAAUUAUUUUAUAAACGGAGGGCGGGGGGGGGGGAAUAUUCGGUUUUAAAGAUACCUGACUACGUGUGUACAUAGCCUCUGAUUGGACGAGACGUGUUCUAUCAGUGGUGAUAUUAAGCAAUAUUCCCACUGGUGACUCUUCACAGCUAAUAAUCACUCCGCCAAUGUAUCCAGAGACUGUUGAUUCUUUGCUUUGAUUUAACCAGAGAUGGCAUUCCAUGUUCUUUGAUUUAGCUGUUGUUGCAUACCAACCACACACGUUCUGAGCUAGGCCUACUUCGCAUAACGGAGGAACUGGGCAAAAAAAAAAAAACCAAUGGCAAAUAAUAAAU